ACCUCUCCUUAGAAGCGCGGAACAGGUACAUAACUGGUUAAUAUUUAAUGACACCUCCCUAGGUUUCUCGCCACCGAAGUGGCCAGCAAGUACGAUGGCUGAAAACAUCUCACUCCCUAGCAUUCACGAGAUGUUCCCAGAACACUUGCUAUGUAUCUCGCCAGAAGUACGCAUCAAAUACAAUACGUCACCGACCCUCGUUCCCUCUCAUCCAUAUGUACCGACUCCGCCACUUCGUAGGCGCGAGCAGUAUUCGUCCGAUUUCCGUCGCUUAGGAACUGCGUACUCUUCUCCAUUCUCUCAUAAAUCUCCGGCGGCAAAAGGUAUUCAGGAUCUUAGCCGUCGUUCACCCCCAUCAGCAAGCGACGAUGGUGAAGACGACACGAAAAGGUUUAUUUGUUCAAUCUGCAAUAAGCGCUUUGGCCGCCCCAGCGGCCUCAAAAUUCAUAUCAAUACUCAUACCGGCGCUACUCCUUUUCGGUGCCCGGUAGUUGGCUGCAGGAGGGAAUUCAACGUCAACUCCAAUAUGCUCCGGCACUACAGAAACCAUAUGAACUCAACUGUAGCUUCUUCCCGGUCAAUCUCUUCUCCGUACUCGGAACGACCUAUGACAGCUUCGAGAGACUACACUCAGCUCAGUGGUUCUAUGAAGAAGUCAAAGCUCAUCUGGCGCCCUACGUUGUCGAUCCCGUCUUUCGAUGAGCGAGAGCAGCAAGGGGGUCAGCUCCGCGACGUGGCAUUUUUUAGGGAGAAAUAUGACAAGCGGUACAUGGAACGUGGACCUGGCAUGUGCAGAUACGAGCAGCAGGAUCUGAUAAGUAAUAUUCCGUCUGCGCGAGAGUCAUAUGGGCGGGAGCAUGAGAUAGGAGGAAGCUAUCCGUAUGAAAGACGACAUUCGUAUUACUAUGCAAACUAAUAACUACGUUUAUGCAUACUCGCUGUAGUUCCUUUCUUCCGUGCGUCUGCAUCCCCUAUUGAAGCAUAAAAUGAGUGGAAAGUUCAAAGAAAAUGU